AUGCCAAAGUCACCAGUACCUCCGGCGUUGAACCUCAAUGCAACCAACGACCCGACAGAACCCGACCAUACUCAGCACAUAAGCCCUUCAACUCUCAGCCCCAGAUCAUCGAGAUCCGCCCGAUCGAAUCCAGGAUCGCCUGUCUUCCAAGAAAAAUUUGAAAAUCCGUCGGGUCAAAAUAGCACAGACAAAGCGGGCAAAGGCAGCACUGGAGACAAUGGACUAGUCUCACCGAAAGUAACCACAAUACCACAAUACCCUCCUUCGCCUCCAAGGGCAUCUCCCAAACAUGGUCGGGAUGCCUCAAGGUCGUUCUUUUCUAACCUGAUGGCUUCAAAGUCCUCCCAUCGAUUGCAAUCACUUGACCAAACCGCAGCGGAAGUAGCUGACACAGAUCGAACAAAUGGAAGAGGUCGAACAAGUUCAAAGGAAAGAGGGGUCUACUCUUCGAAGGACAGAGGUUCGAACUCAGAUCUAUUGAAGAAUGUCAAAGCGCCCGAGAUGCAAAGAGACCAGUCGUCUGAUCACAAGAUGUCCGGUUCUGACAUAUCUACGCAACCAUCAGAAGGGGGCGCCUCACCAAAUGUGGCUUCAAAGAAGCCCAAGCCACGGUUCGGUAUACUCAAUAGAACUAGAUCAAUCAAGACGGAUGACCAAACCCGACCCAAGCCAUCUGCACCAAAGAAGCUGGAUCUAAGUUCGUCUACAGCAAACUCCAACAGGGAUCCCCAAUUUUCCGAACCAAUGAAGACUGCUCCACUCCGCAAUGACCACCGCGAGCGUGCUUUUGGUGAUUCAGUUGGUUCUGCGCACAGGAACAGGUCCGCAGAUCGUCCACAGUUAUCCAGGGAUAGGAGCCAGGAAAAUUUUCCGCCCCGUAACAACAAACCUGGUGGUUCGCUGGCGAACUCCAAUUCUUUCAAAGAAGGCGCUAGCACACAUUUACUCUCCAAUCUUCAUCAGAGUGGCAGAGGUGCAGCUGAUAGGCUGGGAAAGGCUGGCAAAGGAUUUCUUGGGCGUAUCACAAGAAGUGGCAGUAACCACGAGCGAGAAUUGGUCACGGAUGACAACUACAUAUGUUCGUCCAUCAAUCUGCCUCUGGUCAAACAGACUAGGCGAACCAGGAUAGCCAAGAGGUUGGAAUUGUCCAAGGACAAGACGGAGUUCUGGAUGCCUGCGUUGCCGUGGAGAUGCAUCGACUACCUCAAUAUGAAUGGCUGUGAAGAGGAGGGUCUGUAUCGAAUUCCUGGCAGCGGCAAGGACGUAAAGCACUGGCAAAGACGAUUUGACACUGAGCAUGAUAUCAACCUCUUCGACGAACCUGAGCUGUACGACAUCAACACAAUCGGAUCCAUGUUCAAGGCAUGGCUUCGCGAUCUACCAGAUGAGAUCUUCCCAAAACAGGUGCAAGUCAAGAUUGCUGAACAAUGCAUGGGGGCCACCAAGACUCCACAGUUGCUGAAGGACGAACUUUCGAAAUUGCCGCCAUUCAAUUACUAUCUGCUCUUCGCCAUCACCUGUCAUCUAAGCCUACUUCAUUCUUUUGCGGACAAGAACAAGAUGGAUUACCGCAACCUCUGUAUCUGCUUCCAGCCAUGUCUACGAAUCGAUGGUUUCUGCUUUCAAUUCCUCGUUCAAGAUUGGAAGAACUGCUGGCAGGGGUGUUGGACAGAGAAGGAAUUUCUUGAGGAAGAAUACCGAGUUCAGGCUGAAGGCGAAGACGCCGAAUCGCAGGCCGCAUCCUACGAUCCUGAUGAACGCGCUGUCUCCUCCUCAGGCAGCAGCCAGCAUCAUCCUAACAUCCCACCACAGUCUCAGCAGCAGCCGCCACAACAACCGCCACAACAGCAGCAGCAGCAACAACAGCAACAGCAACAACAGAAAGCACCGAACUUGCUGCGAAAGGAGAGGCAGAAUAAUCCACGACCGGCACCCAGAGCUCCUGCAACCACGAAAAGCAGUGACAAUGCCUCCUCCGUUGGUAACAGAACUCAUUCGAGCAGCGUCUCCACCGAGGAUCCGAAAAGCAACACCAGCACAACGACGACAACCACAACCACAACAACCAUAACCAGCGACUCUGACACAGUUCGCGUGCGCGUCGAGUCAAAACUCCCAGCUUUGAACCCCUUGUCCCCUAUCAAGCUCUGA